GCUUUUCAGCUUGUUCGACCACCGCCAUUGAAAACCACCGAAGAAGAAGACAACCAACAGGGACGCCCUUGUGGAAGUCACGUGCCCUGCAAACAUGGCUUUACGGCGAAAGAGAACUGCCGAAUGACAACAAUGCAAUGAGAUAGUUUAUCCUAUUAAAAUACCUUAACUGUCAGGAAUUCGUAGACAUUUUAUAUCUGUCUUCACGAUAAUGAAGCUACGUGUCCAUCUGCAGUGUAAGAAUCUGCAUGAAUACCUGCGAGAGCUGAGUCCUGAAAUAUUGGACCGACUGUACAACCACCCAGCAACAUGUCUGGCUGUCUACAGGGACCUCCCCUCUCUGGCCAAGAACUAUGUGAUGCGUAUGCUGUUCCUGGACCAGCCUCUCCCGCAGGCAGCACUGGCAUUGUGGGUGAAAAUAGACAGUCAGAAGGAUCAUGAUGAGUGUGUCUCGGUGUUGGCAGGACUCCGCCUUUGGCACAGCCAGCAGCUGCAGGGGGGUCUGCAAGGCUACAUUUUAAAUCCAGUGUUCAAAGACAACCUGAGGAUAGCUCUGCUCGGCGGGGGCAAAGCGUGGGCAGAUGAGGGCAGCUCACUGGGUCCCGACCGCCACGCACGGGACAUCGAGAGUCUGGACCGCUACGCCAUCGAGCGCUGGGAGGUCAUCCUGCAUUUCAUGGUGGGUUCUCCCUGUGCUGCUGUCAGUCAGGACCUGGCUCAGCUGCUGGUCCAAGCAGGCCUCAUGAAAAGUGAAGCAGGAGAGGCGCCAUACAUCACCUCGGCGGGAUUCCAGUUCCUGCUGCUGGACACAGCUUCUCAGCUGUGGUACUUCACCCUGCAGUACCUCAAAACCGCUCAGUCCAGAGGGAUGGAACUGGUGGAGAUCCUGUCAUUCUUAUUCCAACUCAGCUUCUCCACUCUUGGCAGAGAUUACUCGGUGGAGGGCAUGAGCGAGUCAUUACUCACCUUCCUGCAGCACCUGCGGGAGUUUGGGCUGGUGUUCCAGAGGAAGAGGAAGUCGCGGCGGUAUUACCCGACCAGGCUAGCCAUCACUCUGGCUGCAGGAGUCACUACCAGCUCGUCCUCGUCCUCCUCCUCUACUCUGGCCUCCCCCCCUGGUACUGGAGACACCGGCUUCAUUGUGGUAGAAACCAAUUAUCGCAUCUACGCCUACACAAACUCGGACCUUCAGAUCGCUCUGGUGGCUCUGUUCAGUGAAAUGCUCUACCGCUUCCCCAAUGUAGUGGUUGCCCAGGUAACCAGGGAGUCGGUGCAGCAGGCCAUCGCCAACGGCAUCACAGCACAGCAGAUUAUCCACUUCCUGAGGACCAGAGCUCACCCUGUCAUGCUCAAACAGACUCCUGUGCUGCCUCCGACCAUCACUGAUCAGAUCCGCCUGUGGGAGCUAGAGAGAGACCGACUGCGCUUCUCAGAGGGAGUUCUCUACAACCAAUUCCUCUCCCAGGUCGACUUCGAAGUGCUGCGAGACAGAGCUCAGGGUCUGGGCUGUCUGGUGUGGCAGGACGUGGCUCAGAGGGUGAUGGUGGUGUCGCCGCAGGGACACAGCGAGGUCAAGAGGUUCUGGAAACGACAGAAGUCCAGUACGUAACCAGCUGCAGACCUUCGGGAUCAGAUUUUCUUGCAGCCACAGUAGCUGUAAGAAAUUAGAGAUGUUAUACUUAUUUUGUAUGUUUCAUAAAAUGUUGACUACUAUGUUUUGGGGAUUAAAUAGUUAUAAGAAGAAAAUGU